UUUGCCAAAUUUGAUGAAAACAUGUGAUUUGAUAAAUUAUUACAAAACAAACAACAGAACAAUAUAAAACACCAAAUGAAUUCGUACAACCAUUUGUAUUAUAAUACCAAUGCCGAAACAAAAUAUAACAAAGAGGACCUUACCCUUAAUGAGGAGGAAGAUGAUAAUUAUGCUGAAAUUGAUGUGUUAGCUACUAAUGAUUAUUAUUAUAUAACAAAUUUAAAUCAAUAUUAUGAACAGCAACAGCAGCAACCGCCCUGUAAAAUAACAAACUCAUCUUCUCCUUAUAAUCACAAUCAAUCACAAUCUCAACAUCAUCAUCAAUCGUGCAAUCGUAUGGUUAAUAAAACUCCUCUAUAUGAUACAUCUUCCUCAUCAUCCUCUUCAUGGUCUGAUUUUACCAACAAACAUAAUAAAUACAAUUUGAAUAACAACAACAACAACAACAGCAAUAUUAAAUAUCAAUCAACAAAUCGUAUUACGACAACAUUUAGCAAUUUAAAAUGUCAUCAUCAAUAUCAGCCUCAACAUCAUCACCAUCUGAAACAAUAUCAUCACAAUCAUCAACAUCAUCAUCAUGUGCCACAUCAAUCAAUAUUGGCAAAACCUUCAACAGCAAUUAAUUCAUUUAAAGGUCUGUCAUUGGCUGCCUCUUCUACUUCUUCUACCAGUGUUUUACGCAAUACCCAGAAACGUUGUCGCCGUAAGUUAUUUGCUUUUAAUUUUAUGUUGAAAAAUUUUAUAACAUAUCGCUUUAAAUACGAUAUACUUUAAGGAAAUAUGGCUUUAAUGUGCAAACUGUUUUGCAGAAAUAUUUCCAUUUGAUAUGAUUUUAUUCGUGAUUUAUCAAUUGCAUUUAUUUUAAAGGAAAAAAAUCGAAAUUAAGGCAAAUUUUUUAACACUUCCAUUAUGACUCUUGUUAAGUUUAGUUUAUGUUUUAUAUUUGUAUUCAUUUUGGAUUUUUUUCAAUUCGGACGACUAUUUUUUCUUAAGAUAUAGUCAACUAUAUAUUUACUAUAGAAAAUUGUUGCAAUUUUUUUAUUUAGAAAAAAUUCUAGAAUUUUCUGAAGUCUCCAAAAAAAUAUCUUCCAAUUUCCAACUAAAGCGCGUAGACUUGACCAAAAUCAAGAGAAAAACUGACAAUCAAAUGACCUACACUCUCAACAAUGUUACAUGAAUUCUAUAAAUCAGUGUCUUUGACCCCUAUCAGAUUCAAACAUUUUCCGUAAUAAGUCUGAUCAGAGACUGUUGACAAAUUUCCAAGCAAAAUUGAAGUUUGGCUGGAAAACUCUCUUGACAAAACUCUUACAUUUUUCUCUGUUGGCAAUAAACUUCAACUUCAAUAGGGUGCGGUACUUCGAAGCCUUUUCCUAGCCGCAACUUGUUAACAAAAAUAAAAAGAGAGACAAAAAUUCCACUAACAUAUAUGAAAUACUUAACCUAAAAUUGUCCUCAAUGCAAACGAAAUCCGUAGGAUUUUUAUUCAGAUUUGAAUGUAAUAUCCGUUUUAGGAGAAGUGAUAUCAAUAUUCAUAAUUAUCGGAUAGUGGUGAAUACCAUCCUACAUUACUGUAUCAUUAUUCCAGGAAAUUGAAAAAUCGCAAUUAGAAAAUCUGAGAUCAAGAACCGUAAAUUGCAUGCAUUGAAAUGCAUUGGGAGAAAGAUUGGUUAGAAUCAUUGUUGGACAGUUGAAAGAUAAAUGGGGAAAUUUCAACAUAAAAAGUUACGCCUUGGAUAGGCGUCCUUUGUGUUAGUAGGAAUCGCAAAUUGUUUUAACAGAAAACACACAUGAUGAGAAGAUGUGGUAUCAGAAUUCUUAAUUCGUAGAUAGUGGUAGUAGCCAGCCAACAAUAUCGGAUCAGAAGUCCAGGAAAUUGGAAAAUCGUAAUUAGGAAAUCUGAAAUCAAGAACGAAAUAAUGUCAUAUUAAUCUUUCCCCUGAAGUCAUCAAAUACUCUAGCAUAGAAGGUUUUCUUACUGUUAGAAAAUUAUUCCCUCAUAACAUUUGUCAUCUCAGUAAUCAGUUUUCCAAAAUUUGAAACCCUAUCCAUUUUCCCAUGAAUAAUCGGAAUGGUAGGUUCAGGUUUAACUAUCUCCUUAAAGCGUUUUGAAAUACGCUCAUCCAUUUCCUUGCUUUUUAGUAGCAGAGACUACACCACCGAUUGAAGUUUGUUAAUCCUCAGAAAAUUUGUCAAAAGACCUUGUAGGUCUUACGGAGGCCAUCAAUUUCUUCUCAUCCUCUCUUUUUCAUUCAUUUAAAUGUGAAUUGAUUUGUUGUCCUCGUCUAGCUUUAACAGUAUAUUUGCUUUUAACUCUAUCCUUUGAACUUUUAUGGAUAGACGAGUACUUACAGUUACUCAUAACUCUGAUUUAGUUCCAUUUCUAUCCAGUUUUAGGACUAAUAUAGAAACAUUGAGUUUGUUUUAUAUGUUGUCUGUUAUUGGGGUUGGGUAUCUGCUUUCUAUAUGAUGAUUUGCUUUUCGUUUAUCUUGGACUUUAUGCCAUUUUUGUUACCAUAUUUAUGGUUCUUUUUAGGAACAAUUCAUAUUCAGGUGCGUUAUACGUUUACAUGUUUUAUGUUGUUUUUUCUAAUUCCUCUUUCUUAAAUUUAUCCCUCUUCUGUUGAAUGAUUACCUAGCAUUGGUUGGAGUAAUCGUUGCUGCGCCAAUAUUCAUUAUUUUUCCACACCCUUAUUGUCAAGUUUUAUCAUACAUCUUUUCUUCGUUUAUCUUGGCUCACUUAGAAAUUUUUAAGCUUUUAUUACACCUUGCUGUCGUGGAGCUUUAAAUGUCUGUUCUUUCGUUCUGAUUCUUUUUAUCUCUUGGAGCAUAAUCUUUUUAGUUUUAGUUCUCAUGUAACUUCUAUUUGCUCAUAUUGUACGUCAGUUUCUUCUAUUAGAACCUUAUUUCAGUAUACUGCAGCUUUCCAAGCUGUCGUGGAACCUCUUCCACUUUUAUAGAGUUUAUAUAAGAUUUGCGUGUAACUACUUUCAACUCUUUUGAUUCUUUUGUGGCAUUUUUUAGCUAUCUUUCAUUAUUAUCAUCAGUUUCUUCUAUUAGAACCUUAUUUCAGUAUAAUGCAGCUUUCCAAGCUCUCGUGGAAUCUCUUCCACUUUUAUAGAGUUUAUAUAAGAUUUGCGUGUACUACUUUCAACUCUUUUGAUUCUUUUGUGGCAUUUUUUAGCUAUCUUCCAGCUUCGAUUGCUUCUUAUGAAACCUCUUUUUUUAAAUUUUAUUGUCGAGUCCUCCUUUGAAGAAUUUUCAACUUCUCGUAGAGCCACUUUUAACACAGAGCCGCUUUUAAUAUCUUUUGUGUUGUUUAAAGCUUGUUUUUAACUCCUUAUAUUCUCUUGGAACCUCUUUUGGCUUGUUUACGACCUUUCUUGACUCUCAUGAAGCUUUCACUGUUUCCUUUGCAAACUCUUCUUUAUAUUUCGAUGCUUUGUAGUUUUUUGAAGCAUUCUCAAGCUCCAAUGAAGUUUCAAUUGGUUGGUCGUCUUGGAAACCAUUUCAUUUUAUAGCCUUUACUUUCUCUUUUAUAUAGAUUAUUCGCUCUCUUAGAGCAAUUACAGUCUUUCUCGUAGCCACUUCUAACAUUUUUGGUUCUUUUGUAGCCCUUGGAAUCACUUUCUUUAUAUUUUGUCGUCUGUCUUCUUUUGAAGCAUUCUCUAGAUCUCUCGGAGAUCCCAUUGGAUCUUUAGCUUUUUCUAGAUAUUUUCAUGAAAAGCAGCUUUAAUUUGCUGCUCUACAGUUUGCAGUAUUUCCUCGCUCAUUCCUUUUCGAGUUCUUGAACAAAGUUGAAAUUAAUGACAAGUGAAAACAAUAAACAAAAAACAGUGUUGCCAGAUCUUACAUUUUAUACGAGAUUACCAUAACAAAACUAUUUUUUCACAUUUUCAAAUAAAAUAAACUUUAGGUUUGUUAGCUAGGUGUUAAAAAUUUGCCGAUUCUUUUAAAAAUUCUGAAAAAUGUUUCAAAUGUUUAAUUUAAACUUCAUUCCAAUUAAAGCUUUCGAAACAAUGCAAUUGAUUUAAGCAUUUAAUUUUAAUAUUCAAACAUUUUUAAAGCAUUUUUGAGUAAAAAAUUAAAUAAAUAUUUUUUUAUAAUAUUAACGAAAAAUACUCUUAAAAAAGAACAAAUUUAUUACAAAACUUCGAUUAAAGCUUAAUAUUUCUUUUAAAUUUAUAGAAAUUAAUAGAAAAAAGGUUUAAAAUUAGCUAACAGCAAAAUGAUUUGACAAUGCAAUUAAAGAAUCUCUAUAUUAUUUCAAACAAAAAAUUAAGCUUAACUAAACUCAGUUUAAAACGGCUUAAAAUUAACUUUAAAACGGCUUUAAAGUAUUGAAAUUUAUAAAGAGGAGUUUAAAUUGAGCUUCAGUUAAGCAACUAGAGUUUUAAAUAUUAUUGUUAUAUUACUACAGAUUUAUCAUUUUAUUAUUAAAGAAUAUUAUUAGGCCACGAGUUCGAAUCCCCGUUUUAAUUCACUUAUUGUUUUUAUUAAUUUUUAAUUUAUUUUUGUAUAUAACAAAAACAAAAUAUAAAACUAUUCUAAAUGUAUAUAAAAAAAGGAAUAAUUAAUUAAAUAAUUUAAAAUUGUAUAUGUAUUUAUAUAAAAGUUAAAUGUUAUAAUUUAAACAUAAUUAAAAUAUUUAAAAGAAAAAUACUCUUAAACUUAUUCUUAAACAAACGUUAGAUUUCCUAAUUAUUGAAAAAAAUUGAAAAAACAAACGAGUAUAUAAUUAAGCAAACUAUGAGAAAAUGUUAAGAAACAAUUAAUUAAUUAAGUUCUACACUUAUUUUAGUUACUAAAUUAAGAAAAAAAAAAAAAAAACACAACAUUUUUUCCUAAAAUAUAUAAAAAUCUGUCCGUUUCAUAUAUUUUUUUUUUUUUUGGAAUUUAUUUCAUUCUUAAAUUUAAUAAUUAAGUUUUAAAUUUUUAAAUAAAUAUACUCAUCAUGCUCUUCUCCUUCUAAACAAUAAAAAUUAUUCAAAAAUUACAUAACCAAAAUAAGGACUAAAAAGAGCGAAAAAAAUUAAUUAAACAUUCUCUAAAAAUUAUACAACAAAACCAAUAAAUACUAUUGCAUGUGUUAUUUAUACAAUAAUUAAACAAAAAAUCAUUAAAAAAGUUAUUAAAUUAGUCCAAAAAACAACAGUUCAUAAACAAACAAAUAAACUUUAAAUAGAAUUUAUUAAAUGAAAAAUCCUCCAUACUAA